AGUCGGAUUUUAACUAAAACGAAAAUGGGAUUUGAACGUUAUUCCCUUUAUAAAUCCCAAUGGAAAUAAUCUUACCCGUCCAUAAGAUGGAGGAUUCGUUGUCGAUCACCAACCCCGUCAUUAGAAUCAUUUUUAAUCUCUGUUCUCUCAGUCGAACCAAAAACUGUUGAAUCAAAAAAUAAGAAGAGAAAAAGAAGAAGAAGAAGAAGAAGAAGAAGAUAAGAGGGAGAGAGAGAGAAAGAGAGAGAGAGAGAGAUGGAGGAUUUUGCAUGGAAUUGUAAGCGCAGAGAUGAAGGAAUUGAAGCCAUUGAAUCUUCGAUCACAAGCUUCUCAAAGAAAAUGAAAAUUGAUUUCGAUUUUAGUUUUCAAGAAUUGAGUUUACCUUCACUGAGUUUUGAGCUUCAAGACCACCGUUUCUUUACCUUAUCCCCGGAUAAGACCAUUUCACCCGGCACCGGCGUUUUCCUCGCCGACGAUUUAUGCACCGGCGACUCUACAUCUUCUCGUUGCUCGAACGGUGAAUCCAGCUUGGUGGUGAAGGAUGACUUGAGAUUUACGGAUCUGGAGGCCAAGAGUUUUGAAACCGAAAGCUCAAAUUGCAUUGACAACAAAUUCAGAGAGACCACUCCUUCAAGCGAGUUUUACGUAGACAGCGGCGACAUGGACCCAAAGGCGGCGGUUGAAGGAAAGACUUGCCGGAAAAAUUUUCCGGUUGUAAAGACUGAGAUGCCGACUCAGGCGGAGAUCGAUGAGUUCUUUGCGGCAGCAGAGAAGGAGGAGCAAAAACGAUUCGCAGAGAAGUACAACUACGAUAUAGCGAAGGAUGUGCCACUGGAAGGAGGUCGAUAUCAGUGGCUUUGUUUGAAGCCAUAGCAAGAAAGAGGAAGGGAGAUUUGCUAAGUUAACCCGAGGUAGCAUCUAGCGUGCAUGAGAUCACUUUGCCUAAAGGGUGUUUGCUAUUGUAGGAGUGUACAGCUUUUUAAUUUCUCUAAAGUCUACAUAAGAAACCUCUAUGUUAUUCUCUUUGUAGUUUGUGGACAAAGAAGUUUUCUGAAUUCAUAAAGUUUAAAAUUUUAAAAAAAA